AUGCAGACAAGGAGGCGGUGUGGUUCACCGAGGAACACAGGAAAGGCCAUUUGAUCUUUUUUUAGGAGAAACAUCGAGUUUCCUUUCCAAAAUUCGGCAUUAUCAUUGUCGUAUAUCAAAUUAUACAUUCUCUAAUCCUAUAAUCAUACUACAGUUUAAUUGAUAAAAAAAGCAAGCCAACAAAGAUGCUGAUUAAAGUGAAGACUCUCACAGGCAAAGAGAUAGAGAUUGACAUAGAGCCCACGGAUAAGGUGGAGCGGAUUAAAGAGAGGGUGGAGGAGAAAGAAGGUAUCCCCCCGCAGCAGCAGAGGUUGAUCUACAGUGGGAAACAAAUGAACGAUGAGAAAACAGCAGCAGAUUAUAAGAUCCAGGGGGGCUCAGUCCUCCAUCUGGUACUUGCUCUGCGAGGAGGACAGGUGCCCUGCGCUCCCAGAAGCCUGUACUCCAAGCCUACGUUGUAGCCAUCAUUCGGAAACAUGCCUUCGUCUCUGCGAUGCCUACACUGAGCAGAUGCACUGAAGACACACAGCCACGGGCUGCGGAGUCACCUGGCCGCAUUGUAGGCAACACACAGCCAUUGGUGGAAAGAGUUAGAACAUGUUCUACUGAUGGCAGCCAUUUCCCUACAGCCAAUAAUAUGUUGGCUGCAGACAUUUCCCCCCACUGUAAUAUUGCCAUGGUGAAUCACUCCAUGUUAAAGCUGCACUGGAAGAAAAGGCAAAGUUAAAAGCUUUGCCAAAAGAUUUACAGUCCAGAGCUAAUUUGGCUGCCACAUUACAGAAAAGUGCUGUGCAGUGUUCAAACCAUUCUUUGUCUGUUUCCGCAGGUCUGAAUUGCAGCUCAGAGGUUAUUUUUGUUCCUCUGAUGAUCAAGCAAAGAUAACUGUAGCUUAAAUAUGCCUGAGAGAACCUAUCCUCGGAUUGCAGUCUUUGCCUUGACAAACUUAUGUUUACAUUUUCUGCUUCAUCCAUGUUUUAUUCUGUUCUCCCCAACUCAUUCAGUUUCACAAUUUGGGGAAUAUUAAAUUUAUGGCAGAAGGUUAGAUGUGAUGCUAGUUAUGGUUCUCACCCAACUUCUUGCCAGAAAUUAAACAUGUGUCUAUUCCUACAAGAGAAAAUGAGAAGUGAGGGGCGUGUUCUGUCAGGGAAACCUCUCAGCUCUAAUCCCACAUCAUGUACCACAUGCAUAAGUAGACUGAGCAUGUCCAUUCAGUAGGAUAAUGUUUUAUAUAAUUUCAUAUGAAUUUGGUUUGUUACGAGUAAUUCAUUUUUCUGCUGACUGCAGAUUUUAUUGUUAAGAAGAAGAGGAACAUGCCCACUUUGGUCUUGUCUGACUAUGGCCUCAGUUUAUAUGGAUAUUGUUGGAUUUGUUCGUAUGUUCAGAGAAGCACCACACACAACCUCCCACCCCCACCCCCCAGUGUGCACAAGACUGGCCUAUGUUGUGGAUUAGUGUGUCAGUAGAAUAAACUCAUGUUGAAAAUGC